CGGAGGGGGUGUGUGGGGGUUUGACCCAGUUUCCGCGUAAACAUGGACGUGGAAAACCACAAACUUCCCGUUAUUUUCACAAAGACCUCGGAGCGCAUGUAACCCAAGCCUAUAUGAUUUUAAGUUCGUAUGAAUGUAUAAACGCGUGCUUUGAUGUUUAUAUCGCGGAGCGCUGAACCGUUGCGCUUGUCACGUGACUGUGGGCGGUCCCCGCGAUCAUAACAAACAACUCGCAGCAGAUGAGACGCGAUGUUUUUAUGAGGGUCGUUGCUUUUUAUUUUGUUUCUGCUUUGGAUCAGGAAGUGCAUUUGGAUCAUAUCCACCUCGAUCAAUAAGUGUGAAUAUUUCAAUCGAAUGGAACAUGUCUGUGACACCAGCCGAGCGUUGUUUUGAACCACUAGAGGAGCAGGAGGACAUUAAACCUGAGGCAUUGGUUCGUCGGAAUCUGUUCGGUCCCGUGGAUCACCAGCAGUUGCAGCAGGACUUUCAGAGAUUGAUAAGCAUGAGUGUUGAGAUCGCAAAGCAGCGCUGGAACUUUGACUUUCAGAGGGACAAGCCGGUCUCCGGCACCAUCGAGUGGGAGGAGCUGCCGUGCCAGGAUGUGCCGGCGUUCUACCAUAAUUGUGUGGUGAGGCCCGGUAUGCCGAGGAAUAGAGAUGGUUCCUUCACAACUGAUGCGACAGAAAAAUAUCCGGAGCGACGUAGUAGAGGAACUUUGAGAGGAACUAAGCCAGAGCAGAGAUUUCUGAGAGUCAAACGGAAACAAGCAAACAUCACAGACUUUUUCAGAGUGACCAAGAAAAGGUUUCUUGAUCAUAAAAACUCAGGAGAGUAAAUAUCAACACAAACCACAAAACGUUACUGGAUCAUUUUUGGUUGUAUAAAUGUAUAUACAAUAACUGCACAUUGUUCCGCUAACAGUUAGUUUUGUAUACUUAUUACGUUUUAAAAAAAUGUAAAAAGUGAAUAUGUUUUCUGCAUUAUAAAUACUUACCCCAUAGUCUAUAUAUACAUACACACAUAUAUAAGAUAUGAACACUGUAUAUAAUAUUACAGUGAAUCUCCCAAUUUUUUUUAAUUAUCUGUAAAACAACAUGGAACAAUAAUAUACCAUCUAAAUGAUUUUGCAGGUUACUUUUGAUAUCAGUCAGUAAAUAAAUUCCCAUAUAUUUAGUUGACUUAGAAACUUCUAUCUAGUUUAUUCAAGUUUUUUUAUUCACUUAUUUUAUAAUUUGAUUAAAAUUAUCUAAAGAAAUCUUGAUAUUAUAUUGUAACAAUCAAAUCUGAAAAGUACUAUGGGGUAAGUAUUUAUAAUGCAGAAAACAUAUUUACAUAUACUGUUUCAAAUACUGUGAAAGUCUGCAAAAUGCACUAUAAAAUGACUGUUUGUAUAGCUUUUGGUGAUCUCGUGACAUAGCAAUCAUUAAGAUUCCAAAUGCAGUAGAUAUAUAUUGUACACAGUAUUUUGUAACUGUUGUUUGUAACAAUCAUUUAAAGUCCUGUAAUUAUUCUGUUAACACUUUACAAUAAGAUUGUAUUUGUUAACUUUAGUAAAUGCAUUAGC